UAUUUCUUGUCACGUGACAAUUACACUGGAAAUUUUUGUACAAUAUGGCGUCGAUUUGUUGUUGUUAGAAAAUACGCAAUGUGAAAAAUAGUUUUUGAACAGUUCAGAAAAGUGAAGGUUAUCUCACUGGAGAUAUAUUGAGUCUUGCUAGAUAUGGGUGAUAAUGAAGACACUAAAAUACAGUUAACAUCAGCAUUUGGCAAUUUAAAAGUUAGACAAGAGCAGACAGAAUUUCUUGGGAGAUAUGAGCAGGAUCUGGCCCUUACAGGGGAGAGUGACAGGAAUAAAUUAGAUGCCUUUUGGACAACUUUGAUUGGUACAACUGCAGAAGAAAAAGAAGGUGCUAAAGUUCAAAAUAGUAUUAAACAUAAAAAGAAAAUUCCAAAGAGAAUGGAACCCUAUCCACAAGAGGUCAUAUUUUCUAUGCAGAAGAUAUCUCUAAAUCACGAAAAGUGUGAAAACGAGCAGUGUAUGUGUUCAAAGCAAAGAUCUCAGGCCGAGCCAGAGAAGAAAUACAAUUAUGCCAAGGUAGCCACUUUCACUCCACCCCCACGUAAAUACAUAAGGGAAGCUAGGUUAAAACUUCAUCACUCAGAAAAGGACAGAAAACAAAUUAUAAGAUCUGCACGAUUAAAGCUAGUGAAACAAGGAAAGCCGAGUGAGAAAAUUCCCCUACACGUGGAGAGAACUAAGCUGCCUGUGUCAGGGGCUUUGGACAGUCCAACAAACAGUAAUUUUCUUUUUGGGGCAGGGUGUAAUACCAAUCUCGAAAACUUUUCUUCAUUAAAUCAGGGCGCUAGCGAAAAAGAAACAGAUUUAGAAAAUGCCAGUCUUCAUAAGAGAUUGAAAUCUUCCAACCAUAAACACCACUUUAGGUCUAAAACUGACCCGAGUUAUUUUUCCAAAGCUGUGAGUUCUGAAAGUCUAAAAAGCAGAGGUUCUGAUCAGUAUUUAGAGAGGAGCUGUUCACAGGAGGCCAGGUUAGACGACAUGACAGUGGAUGAGUUAGCCUGCUAUUUCGAGGAUUUUGUCUAUAUUCCUAAGAAAAUGUCAAGUAUGGCAGAAAUGAUGUAUAUAUAGGGUGCCAAGUUUGCCAGAGAGAUUUCUUCUCAGAAUAUAGUGCAGAUUUUUUUAUGUGGUCAGAAUGAGGGUGUGUGUACCUCCAUAUAUUCAAUGAUAAUAAUUAACUUUUUUUUUGCAAUUAAGAAGGUGAUUAGGUAAAUUACCCUGCAUAAUCUUUUGGUUAAAUUGCUGAAAUUGUAUUUUAGUUUUUGUGUUUGAAAAAAUUUCAUGUAUUGCUAGAAAAAUGCUGGAAGCAUUUUGAUGUUUGUGGUCAAUUUAAAUACCUGUGUGGUUAUUAUUUUCUUUCACAAGUAGAUAAAAUGCAUUUAAGGGUUAUUUUGUCAUGGUAGUCAUAUUUUCCGGUCAUAGCAGGAGUCUAGUCAUUUGAAGUGGCUGAUAGUAAUCUUAUUAUUGAAAAAGGUUUCCUCUUUCAGAAGUGAAUAUUAUACCAUAGUACAUGUAUAUGAUUACAAAUUGUUAAUUAUUUGAUAAACAAGCAUAUUUAUGAGUAUAUAGAGUACCUGUAUUGCUUUGGAUUGACUGUGUGUUCUUUUUAGUCCAUCUUUAAGCUUAGAAUCGUAUUUUCAAUUAAAAGUGGGGAUGGAAAGACUUUUACAGGUUUUCCUGUCUUGGAUUUAUAUUUGGCUUUUUGUAUUGUUUUAAAAUCUGUUUUGCUUUGAAUUUUGAAUCUAUCUACAGAAGAAUUUUUGCAAGCUUGAUUUGAAGAAUCCGAGUUGUGUAAAAGUAAAUAAACUGCAUCUUAAUACAUUUUGAAAUAGU